AGUUCUUAUUUUUUACUUCUCUUCUUGAAGAUCUUCUUUUUUAUUCACUGCAACAACAACAUUAACAACAAAAAUGCCACCAGAUAGACCAACCAAGCCUGCUCUCCCAAGACCUUAUCCUGCUCCAGUAAAACGCUGAUUGGAGUCUCUGUUUCUGUAUUCUUUCUGUUUAGUUGAUGCUUUCUUUUUCCAGCUUAAUACUAUUAUCUUUUGGGUCAUUCUUAUAUGUACAUACAUAUUGCAAAACAAAUCUGUCCAUUUUCUAUAUAUCUUUUGUCUCUUUUAUGCUAUACAUAGUUUUAUAUACACAUAUAUCUAAAAAGUCAUUCUUUACAUCUUUUUUCUUCUUCUCUUUCUUCAUAUACACAUGAAUCAUAUUAUAAAUAUAUAUAUACAUUUACAUUUACAUUAUAAACAAUUGUUGUAUUCAACACUGUAUGCUUAUUUUUUUUAUUGAUAGUUGAUCUAUACACAACACUCCUUUUUCUACAGCUACUCAAGACCCUUCUUCUUCUUUUUUCCCUAUACCCAAAUAAUGAUAAUAAUAAAAAAAAAAUUCGAUAUGUUCAUAAGUGUCACCAUGCA